AUGCGUUUUAAUUCGAAGGCAGUUUUAGUGACAGUUCUAGGAUUUUCCUUUUCUCGGCAGGUAGAGGCCUCAAUUGGUGAUAAUCUUGAUGAGUUCAAGGACUGUUGUAAGCUUUGUGAUAUUGUCACCUGCAAUGGAAGGGAGAAUUAUCCAGACGUUUCUGACGCAAGCUAUGAUUUGAUGAUGAAAGAUCAAACAGAAACAAAAAGGUUUGUUACCCUUCCAUUGGCUUGGAACCUCAGAUUCCUUGGCUGGGAAUGUUAUCAAAAUUGCGAUUACCAGUGUCAAAGGUUUAUUACAGCAGAUAGAAAAGAAAAGGGAGAAUCGGUGGUGCAAUUUCAUGGUAAAUGGCCAUUUGCAAGAGUGUUUGGUGUUCAAGAAUUUUUCAGCACACUCUUCAGCAUUGGAAAUUUCUUCCCUCAUUACUGGGGAUUCAAGAGUAUGUGGGCUCACUACAAGGUAGAAAAGUCGAUACGUGGUAAUCCAGAAGCGGCUAGUAUGUAUUGGGCUUACGCGAUUAUUGGUUUGGUUGCAUCAUUCGCAUGGAUUUUCUCUACGUUGUUCCAUUUACGUGACACAUGGACGAGAGAAAAGCUUGAUUACUACUUUGCCGGAAUGACCGUGAUUUCCGGUCUGUAUGGCGUGGGAACAAGAUACUUCAAGCUUUAUCUCACAUCUAACAAUGGUAAAAGAUUUGCUUUCGGCCUUUUGAUAAUCUCCAUGUAUAUAUGUCAUGUGCUAAGAUUACUCCAUGACUGGUCAUACACCUAUAAUAUGCGUGCAAAUGUUAUUGUUGGCAUCAGUGAAGAUGUGCUAUGGUUUCUUCAUGCCAUAAGGACGUUCAGGCAGCGUAGACAAUCAACAAAUAUACUUGUUGACUUACAGAAUAAAGCAAUCAACUGGACGUUAAUACCGAUCCUUCUUGUCAUUAGUGUCAGUUUAGGAAUGACAUUUGAAUUAUUUGAUUUUCCUCCAAUUAUGGAUCUUCUUGAUGCACACGCAACCUGGCAUUUUUGUACAAUAUGGCCCGCUCUGUACUGGUAUCCAUAUAUGGUUCGUGAUGUUGAGCAGGGAGUGAAAGACACUAAAUUUGAAUAA